AUGCAGUAUGCUCUGCAGAUAGCCGCAGCAGGCAUUUCAACUGGUAUUAUGAUCGGGUGCAGAAAACGAAGAUCUCCUAUUAGGACGCAACGAUUUGCGAGCUCUGAAGAAGGCGACGACCCUGGAGCGUUAGCCAGAAUAAGGAUCAAUAACAAUCUUGGUUCUGCUCAAAAAAGUAGUACACAAUCACCCCACUUUUCACCGAAAACUCGUACAGACCGAGACUCGUUCAAUCUACUCGUCGAUGUUGCAUAUCCUGCGAAACUUGACGCCUUGUCUAAACUGCCUAUUGGUGGCGAAAAAUAUUAUAAGAAUGUAUCCAAUGCUCUGGUCUGA